GACUGUCGAUUUGCUUUUCAGUUAGCUUAGAGGAGUGGGCAAUCAUUUUGCUCCAACAUCAUUUGAAGAUUACAGAAGUUGCAUAUUAGAAGGGAUCAAAGAAUAAAAGUUGCACCUUCUUUAUUUCCUUUUUUUUUUCCUACCAAAAAAAAGAAUGAAAGGAAAUAAAGAAGGUGCACAUUAGAAGGGGUCAAAGAAUAAAAGGAAGUAAAGAAGGUGCACAUUAAAAGGGGUCAAAGAAUGAAAGGAGGUCGGGGCUGUAGAGCAUAUUUUCAGUGACUUGGAAUGAAAGACUUCUUUUGAUUCACCAAGGACAUGUAGGCCCUACGUACUUUCGUUUUCUCUGGGAAUUCCUCUCCUGUUCCAUACUCCUCCCCACACCUUCGGAUCCAGCAGGCUCCAAUUCAGCCCAUAUGAGACCUUUGGUAAAGCCUGGCCAAUUCCGUCAUGUCACGUGGCUGCAAAGCAAAAGAAACACCGAAUGAAAGCCCGGAUUGCUCAUCUCCUUUCCAUCUUUCUACCGUUUCAAUGGCAUAUAAAAAGGGAAGAAAUCAAAUUGCCGAAAUAGGUGUACACGAAGGGUCUAACCUCGUCAUCGUAGAUCUAGUUUCCAUUUCCAGCCAUGGCCUCAGGAGAGAAAAGCUGGGUGGCCGACUUCGGUAGGCAGGUCAAGAACGUGAAUCCUUCGGCCGAGCUGGAGAUCUGGAGGAAGCAAUCCAUCUACAGGGUGCCUGCGUGCAUCAAGGAUCUCAACAGCAAAGCCUACAAGCCUCAGGUGGUGUCAUUUGGGCCCUUCCACCAUGGCGAAGCUCAGGUGAUGCCCAUGGAAGAGCACAAGCACAGAGCCCUCCUCCACUUCCUCAAGAGGUCGGUGAAGCCCUUAGAUGACUUCGUGACUGAAAUGGAGGAGGUGGUGGAGCAACUGCUGGAUGCCUAUCAGAACCUCGACGAGGACUGGAGGAGAGAGAGACAGAAAUUCUUGCAGCUUAUGAUUGUUGAUGGAUGUUUCAUGCUUGAAAUCAUGCGUGUGUCCACCGGGCACUCCAAUGACUAUGCCUUCAACGAUCCCAUCUUUAGCAGUCAUGGAGUGCUCUACACUGUGCCUUACGUAAGGAGGGACAUGCUGAUGAUCGAGAACCAGUUACCUUUGCUGGUUUUGGAGAAGCUGGUUGCUGUUGAAACCGGUAGAUCAAGGAACGACGAUCAGAUCAACAAGCUGGUUCUCAAAUUCUGCGCUCCCGUCGCCCGGCCCCCACUGGCGGGCCUAGGCUUGGGCCUCCACCCCCUCGACCUCUUCCGCAGGAGCUUGCUUUAUGGCCCUACCCGCCGCUCCGCCACCCGGUCGGAGCUUGGUUCCAGCGACAUCGUCCGGUCGGCGGUGGAGCUGUACGAGGCUGGAAUCCGGUUCAGGAGGAGCAAGACGAGAAGCCUCCAUGACAUCAUGUUCAGCCACGGCGUCCUCAGCCUCCCCGUCAUCAUCGUCGAUGACACCACCGAGUUCAUGUUCCUCAACCUUAUGGCCUUUGAGCGCCUCCACGUCGGCGCCGGCAACGAGGUCACCUCCUACGUCUUCUUCAUGGACAACAUCAUCGACUCUGCCAAGGAUGUCAGCUUGCUGCACUCCAAGGGGAUCAUCCAGAACGCCCUCGGGAGCGACAAGGCCGUGGCCAAGCUGUUCAACAGUCUGUCCAAGGACGUGGUGCUGGACCCAGAGAGCAGCCUGGACGAUGUGCACCGCAUGGUGAAUAAGUAUUGCCGAAAGAGGUGGAACAUGUGGCGGGCCAAUCUCAUCCACACCUACUUUAGAAGCCCAUGGGCCGUCGUCUCCCUAGCGGCUGCCAUCUUUCUCCUCCUGCUCACUGUGGCACAGACACUUUACAGCAUCUUAUCUUACUACAAAGAGUGAGAGUGGUGGCUCCCCUCCUUCGCCACCCAAGCUCGCGCCACCUCCAUUUCAUUCUCUCCAUUGAGUGAUUGCUUCUUUGUUCGGAUUCUGUUGGUGGGUUUGGUGUGUAGUCUUUGUUGACGGGCUUAACUUUUGUGGGCCGACAUGAGGGAUUUUAUUUUUCUACAUUUGGUUAUAUUUGCAAUCGUUUGGGAGACCUCUCGAUCUCUUUAUUUGUUCAUUGAUUGUGACUGUAUUUAUUUUUUUCUUGUUCAUCAAUUCAUCCUAGUGAAGAUACAACACUACAAUCUUUGA